AUGGACUGCAAGAUUCUUCUGGCGAGCCCUCUGCCAUUGCUCGGAUUGUCAUCUUGGGCCUCACCCAAGCCACCUAAUCCAGACCGUCUCCUGCGCCCCACCGACACCGCUGGCGAUGCUUCAGCCCCAGAUCCGCCGCCGGUGACUCCCCGGCUCUGCUGCCGCCUUCGACCACCCUGCCUCACCAGAUUGGGGGAUAAGCGCAACGGAGGCCUGGCCCUCCGCCCGCCUGAAACCACAACGCCAUCCACCACAGCUCCCGCUGCUGUCUUCGAAGUUGUCUCCACUCCAGACAUCAGGGCCACUAGCGCCCCCGGCCCAUGGGAUGCCUGGUAG